AUGUCGUCUGAUAACACCAAUCCCUUGUACGAGUUUGAAAACACCGAGAGUGAAUUUGCUAAUGAAAUAUUAAGUGCUGUAGAAUCCAAUCAAAAAGUUUCGCAAUCAAAUUCAUCGAAUCCCUUAUAUGAUUUAUCAAAUGCUGAUGAUAUAGAUGAUGAACAGUUAUUUUCACAACCUGCGACAAAAGCAUCUGAGAACAGCAAUCCUUUGUAUGAUAUGAACAACUCUGCUAAUCAAGAGUACAAUGACAACUUAAUCCAAGAUGGCAGCUAUGACCAAGAUAUCAUUCAAAGUGAAACUAGCUAUGAUUAUUCCAACAAUAGUGGACCAUUAGAUGAUUCUGCUCAAGAAUCUGACCAACUUCAAGACAUCAGAAAUUCUGGAGGUAAUUGGGAAACUUCAGAAACAUUUACAUCAUCAAGUACUGGACCAGAUGGUGACACCAUCACAGAAACAGUAAUUACCAGAACCAGCAAAUCAAGGAGUAGGAGUCCUGAAGUGGUUGAAACUGUAACUGAAGUUCGCAAGUCACGAAGUCAGAGUCCAGAUAUUGUUGAAACUGUGACUGAAGUACGCAAGUCACGAAGUCAGAGUCCAGAUAUUGUUGAAACUGUAACUGAAGUACGCAAGUCACGAAGUCAGAGUCCAGAAGUUGUUGAAACAGUUACUGAAGUUCGAAAGUCCAGAAGUCGAAGCCCAGAAGUUGUUGAAACAGUAACUGAGGUGCGUAAGUCACGAAGCUACAGUCCAGAGGCUGUAGAAACAGUGUCACAAGUUAGGAGUAGCAGUCCAGUGAUGGAAGAUGACAAUUUUACCAGACAGGAAGUACAACAGGAGUACCUUGAACCCGAACCAGAAGAGGAACCUGAACCUGAACCAGAACCAGAACAUCAUGUUGAAGAAAGGGAGAGUCUGAAUUUCCCAGUGUGUUGGAAAACCGUUAUACUUAUGUCUUGGUUUAUUGAAGCUUUAAAUCUAAUUUGA